AUGGAUAACAGUCAAGCGAAAAGCCAGCGUCUCAAUCGACUGAUUCCAAGCAUCAUGCAGCUCUCAGAAGAAUCCAAGGAGCGUAUCUCCAAGGUCCUUGAAAUCUCCCGCGUAGCUAUCCACUAUGGAUAUCUUCCGCUUCACCCCGAGACCUUCGUUGAUCCGCUUGAUCUCACCAUUGGCGUAGAAGAUAACACAUCAUUCCGGAAAAAAAUUAUUUCCGACGAAAACCCUCCCACCCCGCAAUCCCCCCUCGCAUCGCACCUUGCACUUUAUUCCAACAUCCUCUCUCCUAGGAAAACUUCUCCCCCGUCGCAUAUUCUCACGCCUCAAACCUCACCGGACCGCACAUUGCCACGUGCACUCAGGGAAAGAGACAGACAGACAGACCGAAAGCACCACGCGACCUUAACAAACCUUCAUGAGCGCACCCCAGAAUGGGAUCCCCCCGUUCUGGUGGAGACCAUUUCCGGCCUGACUGCUGGCCUGCUUUCGACACUCGUAGCGCACCCUCUUGAUCUCAUCAAGGUCCGGCUGCAAGUGAACAGGGACUACAAGGCACCACGGCUCGGGGCCUCCUGGAGAAUCGCCCGAGAUGUGGCCAUGAAUGAAGGGCGUGGGGCCCUCUAUAGAGGUCUGUCACCGAACCUGGUUGGGAAUAUGGCGAGCUGGAGUAUGUAUUUCAUGCUUUACGGCGAGUUCAAAAAUAUCAUAGCCGGCUAUCGCGGGAUACCAAGAGAUGAAGGACUGGACUCCCUCGAUUACCUUCUCUCCUCCGGGGCCGCGGGGGUCUGUACAGCUGUAUUAUCAAAUCCUCUCUGGGUCAUCAAGACUCGUAUGCUCUCCACGGGUCGGUCAUCUCCGGGAGCGUACUCGUCCAUGACCAACGGGCUUCGCAUUAUAAUCCGGGACGAGGGGACCAGAGGUCUGUUCCGGGGAUUGGUGCCGGCCCUUUUCGGCGUUACGCAUGGAGCACUGCAGUUCAUGUUUUACGAAAGGCUGAAGAUCUGGCGAAAACACGCUAAAGAGAACAUUGACCCACCUUCUACUGGCAGCGGAGGAGGAGCUCCGGUAUCAGGAGAAAAUACGAAAAAGGGACUGAGUAAUCUCGACUUCCUUACACUUUCUGCAACGUCAAAGAUUAUGGCCGGAUCAAUCACAUAUCCAUACCGUGUCGUGCAGACGCGGAUGCAGACUUAUGACGCCGAUGCCGUGUACUCGUCCGCUCGGGACGCCGUGAUAAAGAUAUGGAGAAAUGAGGGUGUUGGGGGAUUUUACAAAGGGUUGGCGCCAAACCUGGCACGGGUCUUACCGUCCACUUGCAUCACCUUCCUCGUGUACGAGAAUACCCGGUAUUACCUUCAGUGA